AUGAAGGGUACUUCGACCAAGGAAAGAAAGAUCGAGGGAGGGGAGGAGCAGCAAAUCUUCAAGAACCGGCGGAUUGAGGCUACGUAUAGUAAUGGUUCAUACACCGUCGGUUGGGUACUUGCGCUUCCAAAGGAGCAGACCGCAGCGGUAGCAAUGCUUGACGGAAAGCAACCUGCUAUUCCGACCCCGGCUGGAGACCCGAACGCAUACACCCUUGGAUCCAUCGGGGGCCACAACAUCGCCAUCGCCUGCCUACCCAAGAAACGAAUUGGGAUUGUUUCGGCCGCAACAGUCGCCGCAAAUAUGGUGAACACUUUUCCUUCCAUCAAGUUCGGUUUGAUGGUCGGUAUUGGAGGUGGCGUGCCACGAAAAGGAAGUGAUGUUCAGCUGGGAGACGUAGUCGUCAGCAGUCCAUCUGGACAAUUUGGAGGAGUCGUCCAGUGGGAUAUGGGGAAGGCCAAAGAGGGAGGCAAGUUUGAAAGAACUGGAUCCUUGAACAGCCCGCCAGCAUCCCUUCUCUCGGCUUUAUCAAGGAUCGAGACCUAA